AUGGCUACUCAGUCAUUAGCCCCGUACAAGAAGCCCGCACCCAUGAAAAAAGAUGUCAGCAAUAGAGACAUUACCAAGUUUUGUCAUUUUCAUGGGGAUUACGGCCAUGACACCAAUGAAUGCAACAAUCUGAAGCGGGAAAUUGAAUUCCUGAUAAGGAAAAAUAAUCGGCACGUACAGAAGUAUGUCAAGGUCAAUCAGAAUCAGAGGGGCGAUAACAACCAAGACGUGCUACCACCACCAGUAGAUGGACAUCUGCAAGUCAUUAUUGGAGGUUCACACAUAGCUAGAGAUUCAGGCAAAGCCCGUGAGAGGUAUGCCCGAACAGUACAACACGAGCAAGAAGAAGUAGUCCUGGCCAUAGAAGGGAGGAAGUCGAAGAUCCCACGAGCAUGGGAACCCACCAUAACAUUUAAUGAUGAAGAUACUGUCAAGAUCAGAUUUUCGCACAACGACCCGUUGGUCGUGGAAAUCCAGAUAGCCAACAAGAUGGUAGCCAGAACCAUGAUAGAUAAUCGAGCCUCUUCCAACAUCUUAUUCAAGACCACAUAUGAAAAGAUGGGGCUCCAACUCAAAGAUUUAACCCCUGUCUUUAGCCCGUGUAGUAGUCCCUUUUAUAGGACGAAAAUGACACCUACAAGACCUUUGGACUUCAACAUUAACACACCUAAGACCUUUGGUCUUUCCAAUAAAAGCAUACUAAAUAAGACUCUUGGUCUUCAUAAUGAAAGCUCCAUAAUGAAGACCUUUUGA